GGUGUUGCUAGUUUUUUACGUGCAGCACGUGCUGGAAAUUUAGAAAAAGUUCUUGAAUAUUUAAAAGGAAGUUUUGAUAUUAAUACCUGUAAUGCAAAUGGUUUGAAUGCAUUACAUUUAGCAUCAAAAGAAGGACAUGUACCUGUUGUUACCGAAUUGAUUCGUCGUGGUGCAAAUGUCAAUACAGCAACUAAGAAAGGAAACACAGCUCUACAUAUAGCAUCUUUAGCUGGUCAAGAAGAAGUGGUCAAAGUUCUUAUACAAAAUGGUGCAAAUGUUAAUGUGCAAUCUGUUAAUGGUUUUACACCAUUAUAUAUGGCUGCACAAGAAAAUCAUGAUGGUGUUGUUAAAUAUUUAUUAGCUAAUGGUGCUAAUCAAAGUUUAGCUACCGAAGAUGGUUUUACACCAUUAGCUGUUGCAUUACAACAAGGUCAUGAUCGUGUUGUUGCUGUUUUAUUGGAAAAUGAUACAAAAGGAAAAGUACGUUUACCGGCAUUACAUGUUGCGGCAAAAAAAGAUGAUUGUAAAGCGGCAACAUUAUUAUUACAAAAUGAUCAUUAUCCGGAUGUAACAUCGAAAUCAGGAUUCACACCGCUUCAUAUUGCUUCACAUUAUGGUAAUGAAAAUAUUGCCGCAUUAUUAUUGGAAAAAAAUGCCGAUGUUAAUUUUGCUGCUAAACAUCAAAUCACACCAUUACAUGUUGCCGCUAAAUGGGGCAAAGUAAAUAUGGUAUCAUUAUUGUUGGAUUAUAAAGCAAAAAUUGAUUCAGCAACACAAGAUGGUUUAACACCGCUUCAUUGUGCAGCACGUAGUGGACAUAAAUCAGUUGUUCAAUUAUUAAUUGAACGUGGUGCACCAAUUUCACCGAAAACAAAGAAUGGUUUGGCACCUUUACAUAUGGCUGCACAAGGUGAUCAUGUUGAUUGUGCAAAAGUUUUACUUGAUUAUAAAGCACCGGUUGAUGAUGUUACUGUUGAUUAUCUAACACCAUUACAUGUUGCAUCACAUUGUGGACAUGUUCGUGUUGCUAAAUUAUUAUUGGAUAAAAAAGCCGAUCCAAAUGCUCGUGCUUUGAACGGUUUUACACCGUUACAUAUUGCAUGUAAAAAGAAUCGUAUUAAAGUUGUUGAAUUAUUACUCAAACAUGGUGCAUCUAUUGAAGCAACUACAGAGUCUGGUUUGACACCACUUCAUGUUGCAUCGUUUAUGGGCUGUAUGAAUAUUGUCAUCUAUUUAAUACAACAUAUGGCCAAUCCAGAUGUACAAACAAUUCGUGGUGAAACACCAUUACAUUUGGCUGCUCGUGCUAAUCAAACAGAUAUUAUACGUGUUUUGUUACGUAAUGGUGCACAAGUUGAUGCUAAAGCACGGGAAAAUCAAACACCACUUCAUAUUGCAGCACGAUUAGGAAAUUCGGAUAUUGUUUCAUUAUUAUUACAGCAUGGAGCAUCUAUAGAUGCUAUCACUAAAGAUCAAUAUACUGCACUUCAUAUUGCUACGAAAGAAGGACAUGAAGAAACAGCAUCUAUAUUGAUUGAUAAUGGAGCUUCAUUGACCGCUCAAACAAAGAAAGGGUUUACUCCAUUACAUUUGGCAGCUAAAUAUGGAAAUAUUAAAGUAGCUCGUUUAUUGAUUAGUCGUAAUGCACCGGUCGAUGCCCAAGGAAAGAAUAAUGUAACACCAUUACAUUGUGCCGCCCAUUAUGAUCAUGUAAACAUUGCAUUAUUAUUAUUGGAAGAAAAAGCAUCACCACAUGCAACAGCUAAAAAUGGCUAUACACCAUUACAUAUUGCUGCACGUAAAAAUCAAAUUGAUAUAGCUACAACAUUGUUAGAAUAUGCAGCCAAUCCAAAUGCUGAAUCAAAAGCUGGUUUCAUACCAUUACAUUUGGCUGCCCAAGAAGGUCAUUCAGAUAUGGUUGCAUUAUUAUUACAUAAUCGAGCCAAUGUUAAUGCCAAAUCAAAGAAUGGUUUAACAUCGAUGCAUCUUUGUGCACAAAAUGAUCGUGUUAAUGUUGCAUCAAUAUUGGCUAAAAAUAAUGCCGAUAUAUCGUCACAGACCAAAGAAGGUUAUACACCAUUACAUGCAGCUGCACAUUUUGGUCAAAUGAAUAUGGUUCGAUUUUUGCUUAAAAAUGGUGCCAAUGUUGAUACGACCAAUUGUCAUGGCUAUACACCACUUCAUCAAGCAGCUCAACAAGGUCAUGUUCAAAUAGUCAAUUUACUAUUAGAACAUAAAGCAUCACCUAAUGUUAUUACAAAUCAAGGACAAACAGCAUUAUCUAUUGCACAAAAAUUGGGCUAUAUUUCUGUUGUUGAAACAUUAAAAGUUGUUACGGAAACAAUUGUUACAACAACAACAACCACUAUAACUGAAGAAAAAUAUAAAGUUGUAUCACCCGAAAUAAUGCACGAAUCAUUUAUGAGCGAUUCAGAAGAUGAAGGAGGAGAUGAAUAUGUAGUCGAUACGGCCCAACAAAAUGGUGGCCAAACAACAAAUCAAAAUGGUCAUACCGGUAAUAAUAUUGAUAAACAACAACAACAACAAAAACAAAAACAUCCAUCGACUAUAAAUGAAUUAAAAUUAUCACGGCCACAGACAAAAGUUUUCACCAAAUCUACCGAAGAACUUUUAGUUGACAAUCCAUAUCGUUAUCUAACUGGUGAUGAAAUGAAAUUUUUAGGCGAUGAUUCAUUACCAAUCGAUGUGACCAAAGAUGAACGUAUGAAUGAUACAUUUGGUAGAGAUUCAUUAGCUCCAAUCACAAUUGAUGAAGAAUUAAUAUCACCACAAUAUUUUACAAUGACUGAAAAUUAUGUUAAUGCAUUACCACCGGAUAAUAUUGAUUUAUCACGUGCACCGGUCAAUACUGGUACGGAUGAUAUGAUGAUAAUCAAUCAACAAAAACAACAACAAGAAUUAAAUGAACAAUUAACAAUGAUAGUAACAAAAUCAUCAGUUAAACCAUUAGUACCAUACAAAUGUAUGGCACGUUCAAGACCAUUAAAAUGGAGAAACUUUUUGGUAAGCUUUAUGGUCGAUGCUCGUGGUGGUGCAAUGCGAGGUUGUCGCCAUUCAGGUGUACGUGUUAUAAUACCACCACGUAAAGCACCAAUGCCAAUGCGUAUUACAUGUCGUUAUGUAAAACGUGAAAAACUUAUCCAUCCACCACCAUUAAUGGAAGGUGAAGCAUGUGCAUCACGUAUACUUGAAAUGGGUCCAUCCGGUGCAAAAUUUUUAGGUCCGGUCAUAAUUGAAGUGCCACAUUUUGCAUCAUUACGUGGUAAAGAACGAGAUAUUGUUAUAUUUCGUAGCGAUAAUGGUGAAACAUGGCGUGAACAUACAUUGGAAGCAACUGAAGAAGCUGUACUUGAAGUUUUAAAUGCUAGUUUUGAUGGUGAAAAUGGUAGGAUUUUAUUUUCACAAUUAGAUGUGAACGGAUUAGACGAUUUUCAUAAUAAUCGUAUUACACGAAUAUUAACAACAGAUUUUCCACAAUAUUUUGCAAUCAUAACACGUAUACGACAAGAAGUACAUGCAAUUGGACCUGAAGGUGGAAUACUUAGUUCAACUGUUGUUCCACAAGUGCAAGCAAUUUUCCCCGAAGGUGCAUUAACCAAAAAAAUUAAAGUUGGAUUACAGGCCCAACCUAUUCCAAAUGAAUUGGUUACAAAGCUGUUGGGAAAUCGUGUUGCCGUAUCACCAAUCUGUACUAUUGAACCAAGACGACGAAAAUUUCAUAAACCAAUUACAUUGACAAUACCGUUACCACAGGCGGCCAACAGAGGAAUGAUUAAUCAAUAUUCGGUUGAUACACCCACGUUAAGGCUUCUAUGUAGCAUUACAGGAGGAUCAGCAAAAGCUCAAUGGGAAGAUGUGACCGGUUCAACACCAUUAACAUUUGUUAAUUCUUGUGUUUCAUUUACAACAACUGUUUCGGCAAGAUUUUGGUUGAUUGAUUGUCGUGAAAUUAAUAAUGCGACAAAAUAUGCAACCGAAUUAUAUCAGGAAUCAGUUAAUGUACCAUUUAUGGCUAAAUUUGUUGUUUUUGCUAAACGUUUAGAACAGAAUGAAGCACAAGUUCGUGUAUUCUGUAUGACCGAUGAUAAAGAGGAUAAAACAUUAGAACAUCAGGAACAUUUUACUGAAAUUGCAAAAAGUCGUGAUGUUGAAGUGUUAGAAAAUAAGGCACAAUUUUUAGAAUUUGCCGGAAAUCUAACACCGGUUACAAAAUCUGGUGAACAAUUAUAUUUAAUAUUUAAUGCAUUUCGUGAAAAUCGUUUACCAUUUUUGGCACGUGUUAAAGAUUUAACACAAGGUCCACCAUCCGGUAGAAUUGCAUUUAUGCGUGAUAGUAGAAAAAUUAAAUCUGAUCAUCCACAACAACCAAUCUGUACAUUGAAUUUAACAUUACCGGAAAUUAUGACCGAAAUUCCUGUAAAAAAAUCAGAAUCUUUUUCAAAUGAUAUUAAAAUGGCAACAAAACGAGAUAAACGACAAAUCGAUGGACCAAUGACCAAUGGUUUUAAUAAUCAUCAUGAUGAAAUUGUACAAGAACCACAUUUUGAAACAACAACAACAACAACAAUGACAACAACUACAAUGAUGAAUGUUCAACCAGUUGAUAAUGAACAAAAUAUUAGUAGUCCAUCAUCAUCGACUAAUGCAUCAAUCAGUAUGUCAAGUGAUGAUCAGAAGAAAAAGAAAAAACAACAGCAGCAGCCGCAUCAACAAAUUGUUGAACAAACAAUUACUGCUACUGAAAUUCAUAAAGAUGUAGCUGAUACAAUGACUAAACCUGAAAUGGAAACAUGGCAAUCAAUUGAACAGGAUACCAGUCAAGUUUCAGUAACCAGUUUACCUGAUGAUGAAAAAUCUGAACAAUCAUUAACAAUUUCCAGUAAUGUUAAUGAUGAUAAUGAAUCAACAAUUGUUAAACAAAAAGAAUGGACCGAAUUGGAUGAUAAUGAUGGUGUUGUUAAACACAUUCAACAAACAACAGUCAAAUCACAACAACAAUCCGUGGAUGUUCAACAACCACAACAACAACAGGAAAAAAUUGAAACAACUGUAAGUCAAAAAUCUAAACAAUCACAAUCAAAUACAAUCAAAGAUGAUUUUAAGAUGGAUAUUGUUUCAAAACAACCAUCGUUUGAAUCAUCAUCAGUUGUAGAAACAACGAUAAUUCAAAAACCACAAAAAAUUUCCGAAACAAUUUCAAUUGUUUCAUCAAAUAAUGAUAAUAGAUUAGAUGAUAUAAAACGUGAAGCGAUUACAAUCACAACGAAUGUUGUUGAACGUGCAAAAAAUGAAUUAUCAAAAAAAUCCAUGAUAAUGCCUAUGGUAAAAAAAUUUUCGGAAGAAAUAUCCGAUGAAGAUAUGGUUGAAAAAGGUAAGCGAUUAUCAAAAUCACCGGCUACUACACCUACUACCGAAAUGAUAAAACCAAUGAUGGAUAUUGUUAGUGGUCCUGGUUUGAUAACGGCGAAAGUGUCAACAUCAAAAAGUAGUGGUCUAAGAAUAUCACCUAGUCGUGAAGAAAUUAAAGAAAUAAUGAUGUCAUCAUCUGAAUCAUCACAACAAUUUUCUGAUCAAUAUCGUACACCAACAUCAAGUCGACCACAAUCAAGUGAAUAUGAUAAUAUAGCAAUCAUACCGGAAUCAAUGUCAAGAUCUGGUAGUCAUAUUAGUUCAGAAUAUGUUACAUGUCCAACAAUGACUAGAGAUUCAUCAUCAUUUCAUACGAUACCAAGUCAAGAAUUAACAAGUUCUAGUCAAUAUUAUACACCACAAUCAAAUUUAAGUUCAAAAACUAGUUCACAAUCAAUUGAAACAGUUGAAAGUUCAUCAAGUAAUAUUGGUGAUUUAUCCGAAACAAGUGAAACAAUUGUUCAUGAUGAUGAUGAUGAUCAUAAUGAUCAUAUAAUUUCACCAAUUGAUAAUGAUGGUAAUUAUUUUGAUGAACAUUAUCAUAAAUUAGAUCAAAUUGAUACAUCAAAUAUUGAACCAUUUAAUUAUGAUAUACCAUCAUCAAUGUUAAAAAAUGAUAUCGAUGAACAAUCAUGGUUAACUAAACCUAGACAAUCAUCAUCAUCAUCAUCAUCAGAUGUAUUGAUGCAAACAACAACAUUGGAUAGAAGUCAACAAUAUUAUGUUGAACCAUAUGAAAAUCCUGAACCAGUAUCAAUGUCAUCAUUUUAUACACAAAAAACAACAACAACAACAACAACAGCUAGCCAACAACAACAACAACAACCACAAUCAAUAAUUUCAUCACAAUUAGAAUGUAUUGAUAAAAAUUUAUAUACACAUGUUGAAGUUGAAGAAGAUAUAAGUGAAGGUGAUAAUUCAGAUUCAUUACGUAAAUAUUGUGCUAGUAGUGGUGGUAAUAAUAAUAAUUUUCAACCAUCAUCAUAUCAAGCAUCACCAAAAAAUAUGACCAAUAUUAUUGGUCAUCGUAAUAUUGGUGGAACUGGAAAUACUUUUACCGAAACUGAAACAACGUCUUCAACUUCUUCUUCAUUGAAAGAAUUUGAAAGACUUGAAUCGGAAAUGUUUUCAUUAUCAUCAUCAUCAACAUCGAAUAAAGAUCAACAACAACAAUCACAAUCGCAACAACAACAACAACAAUUACCAUCAUCAUCUACAAGAUCAUCGGCAAUGUUGUUAGAUGUUGGUGAUGAUGAUGAUGAUUUUCAGAUGUCUGAUUCUAAGCAAUUGAAUUUAGAAUCAAUUCAAUCGGAAAAUAUUUUAUUCGAUGAACAAGAAGAUUUUAAUCCGGAAAGUUUAAAUUCAGAAUUAAGUCAGGUUACUUGUAUAAAAAUUUCAAAUAAUCAUCAACGACAACAACAACAACAACAAUCAUCAUCUGAUGGUGGUGGUGGUGGUGGUCCACAACUUAUAGAUGAAUUUGAUCCAUUAGUUCCAUUAGAUCAUCAACAACAACAACCAGCAACAAUGCUUGAUAGUAUGGAUUCAAAUCUAAAUCCAGUAUUAGAUUGUGAUUUUAGUUCACUUGGUUCUUCAUCGAUGAGUAUGAGUGCUGUUUCAAUGGAACGAAAUAAUAAUGAUACUGUAUUACAAUGUGAUGAUAUUAAUCUGGAACAACAACAGGAGCAACAACCACAUCCAGCAUUGAUUGCAUCAAUGUCACAAUCAAUUGAACAGGCAUCAACAGCCAGUGAUGAUCAUGAAUUUGUCGGAAGCUAUAGUGCCGAUGGAGAAGAAAUUAGACCCACAGAUUCAAGAAUAAUGAUGACCGAAACAACAACAACAACAAUGAUGACCGAUGAUGAUGAUGGUUUAAUUCAAAUUGAGCACAAACAUCAACAACAACGACGAAAAUCAUCAUCAUCAUCAACAUCUUCAUCAUCAACAUCAUCAACGUCAUCAUCAUCAUCGAAUAGCGAUAAAGAUCGAAAACAACGUAAACAAAAACGAUAAUUUUAAAUUCAAUUCAAUCAAUCAAAACCCGACCCGAAUGAAUACCGUUCGCAAUCAUAAUGAAUAGU